CGCGCGCGCACACGCUCGCCUGGGGGACGGAGCCCCAGCCUCCUGCGCAGCUCUCCUCGGCCGCCGGGGGCCUCCUCCGGGCCUCCCGAGCUCCCGGGAUCGCCGGCCACAUCUGGCCCGCACCUCUGCCCAGCGCGCUCCGGGCGGCGCAGGCAUCCUGAGAGGGCGAGGAGUAAAGGCGCAGCCCGGGGUCCCCGAGGCUCGGUUCGCGGCGCCCCAGGGGCCGGUCUAUGACGAGCGACGGGGGCUGCCAUGGGUCGGGGGCUGCUCCGGGGCCUGUGGCCGCUGCACAUCGUCCUGUGGACGCGCAUCGCCAGCACGAUCCCGCCGCACGUUCCCAAGUCGGUUAACAGUGAUCUGAUGGCGGGUGACAACAGCGGUGCGGUCAAGCUUCCACAGCUGUGCAAGUUUUGCGACGUGACACUGUCCACUUGCGACAACCAGAAGUCUUGCAUGAGCAACUGCAGCGUCACCUCCAUCUGCGAGAAGCCGCAGGAAGUCUGCGUGGCCGUGUGGAGGAAGAACGACAAGAACAUUACUCUGGAGACCGUUUGCCACGACCCCAAGUUCACCUACCACGGCUUCACUCUGGAAGAUGCCACUUCUCCCACGUGCGUCAUGAAGGAAAAGAAAAGGGCGGGCGAGACCUUCUUCAUGUGCUCCUGUAACACGGAGGAGUGUAACGAUUACAUCAUCUUUAAUGAAGAAUACACCACCAGCAGUCCUGACCUGUUGCUGGUCAUUAUCCAAGUGACGGGCGUCAGCCUCCUGCCUCCGCUGGGGAUCGCCAUAGCUGUCAUUGCCAUCUUUUACUGUUACCGUGUCCACCGGCAGCAGAAGUUGAGCCCCUCCUGGGAGAGCAGCAAGCCCCGGAAGCUCAUGGAUUUCAGCGACAACUGCGCCAUCAUCCUGGAGGACGACCGCUCUGACAUCAGCUCUACGUGCGCCAACAACAUCAACCACAACACGGAACUGCUGCCCAUCGAGCUGGACACGCUGGUGGGGAAGGGCCGCUUCGCCGAGGUCUACAAGGCCAAGCUGAAGCAGAACACGUCAGAGCAGUUUGAGACCGUGGCUGUCAAGAUCUUCCCCUACGAGGAAUACUCCUCGUGGAAAACGGAAAAGGACAUCUUCUCCGACAUCAACCUGAAACACGAGAACAUCCUGCAGUUCCUGACGGCCGAGGAGCGGAAGACGGAGAUGGGCAAGCAGUACUGGCUGAUCACGGCGUUCCAUGCUAAGGGCAACCUGCAGGAGUACCUCACUAGGCACGUCAUCAGCUGGGAGGACCUGCGGAAGCUGGGCAGCUCCCUGGCCCGGGGCAUCGCCCAUCUGCACAGUGACCACACUCCUUGUGGGAGGCCCAAGAUGCCCAUUGUUCACAGGGACCUCAAGAGCUCUAACAUCCUAGUGAAGAACGAUUUGACCUGUUGCCUGUGCGACUUCGGGCUGUCCUUGCGCCUGGACCCUACUCUGUCUGUGGAUGACCUAGCCAACAGCGGGCAGGUGGGAACAGCGAGAUACAUGGCCCCGGAAGUUCUAGAAUCCAGGAUGAAUUUGGAGAACAUGGAGUCCUUCAAGCAGACGGAUGUCUACUCCAUGGCUCUGGUACUCUGGGAAAUGACGUCUCGCUGCAAUGCUGUGGGAGAAGUGAAAGAUUAUGAGCCCCCGUUUGGUUCCAAGGUGCGGGAGCACCCCUGUGUGGAAAGCAUGAAGGACAACGUGCUGAGAGACCGAGGACGGCCUGAAAUCCCCAGCUUCUGGCUCAACCACCAGGGCAUCCAGAUCGUGUGUGAGACACUGACCGAGUGCUGGGACCACGACCCCGAGGCCCGUCUCACAGCCCAGUGUGUGGCAGAGCGCUUCAGUGAACUGGAGCACCCGGAUAGACUCUCCGGGAGGAGCUGCUCCCAGGAGAAGAUUCCAGAAGACGGCUCGCUGAACACUACCAAAUAGCUCUUUCUGGGCAGGCUGGGCCAAGACUCCGGAAGCCGUCCUCUAACCAAAGACCAGAGGCAGCAGGAUGGCUUUGCUGACUGAUGCUUCUGGAAAACCAAGGACUUGCUCCCUUCUUCCCUGGUAGCUGCUCCAUGUUCAGAAGCAGCAGAGGCAGCGGCGGCAGCAGCAACCAUAGCAGAAGCGGUGGGGGAACGAGUGACCGAAGGCGUCCUACGCCUUGGGUGUUGUCCUGGCAUAAGCUGUGCUAGCACCUCCUCAGGAAACCAGAUUGAUUUUUUUUUUACAACAGCCAAUAACGUUUGCACUUUAUUAAUGCCUGUAUGUAAAUACGAAUAGCUAUGUUUUAUAUAUAUCUAUAUAUCUAUAUGUCUAUAUCUCUCUCUAUAUAGCCAUUCUCUGCACGGAGACAAUGGAAAUGAUCAAAUGCCCCCCCGGGGAAUUAGUUUUUAUUGGAGAGCUCUGGAAUGGAGCGGAAGGGGCUCGGCAUAACGUUAGCACUUGACAAUCACUCACACGGGCGAUGGUCCCCCGACUGCAGGGUUGGGGGGACGAUUGUGCCAAAAGGAUCCAUGCCUUGCAGCCUGCUUUGGCCACAAAACACUUUGUUUUGCAAUAAUUACCCUCUACAGUAGGGUGCUUUACGAACCAGGGGGCUAAGUCCCAACCCAGCACCAUGUCCCAGGGUCUCCCAAGUGUCUUUGCUCCUCCUGAUUGUGUCUGUGACAUUCAAACCUCACACCUGACGUGUGAACCUUCUGGCUUCGCCUUGAAACUUGGCCCCAUCUUUCUGCUUUCGCAGAAUCAAGGAAGACCCGUUCCCCACCCACGAAAUUGCCCCACAGUCUACUGAUAAGAUUGGGAUCUUUAAUUCUUUUCUUUGCAUUCGUUACUAUUAUUUGUUCCCAGCCAUUGUCCUUUGUUUUGAUUUUAAACAUGGCGCACCCCACACCCAGCCCCUGAGACUCAUUGUGUUUAAUUUUUUUUUGUCUCCCUGCCGUUGGAGUUUCCAGCUUGCCAGGACAACACCAGUGGGUUCCAUUUUCCCAGCUUCCCAAAUAACAGGCAGGAUUUGAAUGGCAGAACUGCCCAUACUGUACAACUGUUCCCCCGGGACACUUUGGACCCCUGUUUUCCUCAGUCGGCACACCUCAGAAAAAGUUAGUUGAGCUUCUUUUGAACUAUUUGGGAUAGGGCAGAAAAAUCUAGAUUCCCCAAUAAGGAGAGGAGAUAGUUCCUAGCUCCACCACCAGGUGGCACCAUCUACAGCAAGAAGUUGUGGGCUCUGUUAGGCAGCCGCCUCACUUCUCACUGCUAAGCCUCCAUAUUUCCCAUUACUCACACCCACCCCAGUCUAGAAAUGAAAGCUGCUUCUAGUCAGGAUCAGCGUAAGAAAAGUGCAUCUGUGAGCAUGGAGAGAGAGAGCUCAGUGAGUAAAAACGCUUGCCUCACAUGCAAGAGGACCUGAGUUCAGUCCCCCAGAACACACGGCAAAAGCCAUGUCCAGUGGGACACCCUUGUCAUCUAAGCUCUGGGAAACCACUGGUCAGCUAGGAAGAAGGCUGUCUCCAAAGCAAGGUGAACAGCGCCCUGAGGAACAACAUCUGACAUUGACCUCUGACCUCUGUCACACAUACACCCGUGAACACUCUUGCACCUUAUUUGGGGAAAACAUUGGAUUGCACAAACCUUAUCUGGUGUUAUGAUUUGAAACUGACAUAAGUAGUGCCUCAGGAGACCUGCGGGUGACCUUGCUAGGUCAGGUCUCUUUGUACGCAUAGCAAGUUUCAUCUGCCUCUGCAAGGGACUGUCCCUGCUCUAAGAAUCUUUCUCUAUGGCUACUGGUCUCUGUGUGGUCCUAACCUUGGCAGAAAUUACAGGUGCAUCUUUGAACAGGGGAUGCGCAGGAGUCCCAUGUAGAGACAGGGAAUUUGCAUCCACUUGGAUGAGAGCAGAGAUUGGAGAGCUUUAAUAGGAAGUUUGUCAAUCCACCAACAAGUGUGGAUGUUGCAGACCACAGUCUCUUCUAGAAAAUUUUUUUUGAAGCGACUUAUUUUCAGCCAGAUAGGACCGUGAUUGGAAAACCAUCGAGGGGUCUUUUGUUCUGUCGGUAGGGUACACAGUCAGGUCGGGGGUAGGACAAAAAUCUAUGCGCUCUUUCCCAUGAAAGUGGGCUGGGAACGCCGUGGAAAAAACCCCAACCCACUUGCUCCUUUGGGCUUGCCAGUGCUAACCCAGUAGCUGUUGUUCAGCGCCCUCUAGCGGUGAAUUAACAGAAUGCUGGUCCACUUGUGGGAUUUCUAGGGUUCAAAAGUGACUUCACUUCCGGGUCAUCAUCAGAAACUGGAAUAUGGUGUCAUGUUACUGUGGCUUGUUUUGUUUGUGUCAUUUUUCUUUUCUUUAUUCGAGAUAAAAGACCAAGGAAUAUCAUUCCUGUCAUUCCUGAAAGUGUUGACUCUUGUUCACUACUCUGCGUAAAGGGAAGGUUUUAUUCUUUUAUUGAACACUUCAGCCAUACUCAUGUAUUCAAAUAGGAAUGUGAAUGCACAAUACUCUUUUUAUAUCAAGACCUAAAGCACUUAUUUUCAAUCUAUGCAGCGUUUGUCUUUUAUAUAAAUAAAAAUGUCUAGAAGAUCAAAUAAAUCCAAAGCCUGCAGACGA